AUGGUGAUCGGAUUGAUGAGAAAGGUGCAGAUUCUGGUCGUCGGUGGUGGUGUAACUGCAGAAGCUUCAUGCACAAGAGGGACUUGCGAAAAGCACAGUAGAAAAACAUACUAUUGUAUCUUAAGGCUGGAAGACACUUCAUUUGGGAGCUUUGAGAUCGCGAAAUGGCGAAAUGCAGAACAAAAGGCACAUCAGCUGGGUCGUCCGACCUGCCAUAUGACGGAGCAGCAGGUGCUUGAUGGUUUCAUGGAGUUCAAGGAAUCCAUUGGCCUUGUGCCGACUCCUACAAAGUUAACACAUAUAGAGAAAAUAGCGUAUAGUCACAUGCAUGCUCAGCCAGAAUACAUAAGGACGAAAAGAAUUAAGCAAAAAAUAAACCUUUAUAACAACAGAACAUGGAGGUGGCAUGCGAAAGGCUGGGCCAGUUUCUGUAAAGCUGAAAUGAACCUUCAAAGUAAGAAUAAAUAA